UUAGUUAAACAGUCAUAAUUAUAACCACUAUUAUGCACGUACCUACCGUGUUGUUCUAAUCGUAUUAAUGAUCGUCUUCCUAUACUGUGUUAAACUUAAAAUACCGUGACAAUGUGUUGUUUAAAAAUAUUACUAUUUCUAACUUUCAUCUGUCAUCUAGCUCUGGAAACAGAUGGUGUUGAUAUUACGUUUAAAAUUGAAAUUUAUAAAGUACUUGGAAAGCUGAAGCCAACGUGCGAUCAUGACAUACAAGAUAUGAAAAGCUAUACAGUUAGGGAAGGAGAGAAUAUCAUGAUUAAGACGAUCUACGGCAAAGUAAUUAAUGAUGCAAGUUGUUAUAGUAAAUACACUGAUUAUUCUUUUGGAACUGAAAGCCAGAAUGUUUACAGGAAUGAAUCAACUUAUAAAGCAAGCAAAGAAAUGGGAAUGGUGUGGGAGUGUAGUUUUACUUCUUUGAAGGAUAAUUCAAAUUUAUUUAAAGAAAUAUUGUAUACCAAAGGAGAGGACACUUAUGCAAGAACUAUUUGUACCAUGUAUAUCCACGUUCGACGACAGAAGGCUCCUAUGGUCAUCCUCGUUAACAAUAUGCAGAUGGCACUAAAACAAACACCACUGUCGGAUGAAGAAGCCGACUUUACUGCCAUCCACCAUUAUAAAGUUGGAGACAAAGUAUACAUUACUUGCGUGACUGAAAACUACAAUGAGCAUGAUACAAUUAGCAUGCAAAGUCCUAAUGUUGGCAAACUAACCCAUUCUGAUUUAAAUUCGAGUAGAAGACUUUUUAUAAAAACGACGUUGACUUCAUUGCAUGAUGGCAAAUACUAUUUGUUCACACUCAAAAAUCAGUCAGAUUAUACCUCAGUAAGACUAAGAUUCAUAGAAACAACGGAUGAUCCAAUGAAUAUUACAAUAAAUGGAAUACUAAUGCGACCACAACUUAAUAACAUAAUCAACAAUCAAUACACAAUAACCUACGUACACAAGAGCAAUAGUAGAAUAUAUGUCAUUUGUGAAACCACUCCAAAUUACAAACUACUUAUUUUGAAUAAAGCGUUUUGGGGUAUCAACUAUUAUCAAAAUGAAUUAACACCCGAACAAAAAAUUAACAUACAUUUUACUUCGCCACCAAAUAAAACUCCAAAUUUCAGAUGUUCCACAGACAAUAGACAAAAUGGGCAUGUCGCACAGGCUUGUGAUAUAAUGUUUAAAUCUGACGAUAAAUUACUGAAUGAUACUAAAAUAAUGGAAAUGGUGUUACCAGCAAACCGGACCGUGUUGGAAGUAUCCAAUGAAACGUUGCAGGUUAUCUACUACGAGUUCGAUGCUGACGAAGAUUUAGAAAUAAAAUGUUCUGUACGCAAGCGACCAGUUAAUGUGGUGUAUAUGCACUUCCAAAAUAAUUAUACAACUGGUCAAAAUAUGAUUUCCAAAUUAGUUACAUUGAAAUAUAGUUCUUCGAAUCCUCCAGUUAUAUGCUAUUUAAGAGAUCAGGUGAACGACGCACAGCCUUCAAAACGUGAUGAAAUAAUGUAUCAGAUUGAAGUAAAAUUUGUACCUAAAGAUACAUACGGAACGGAACCUGAUCUUACUACUACUACUACUACUAUUGCAAACCGGGAUACACUUGAUUCCGAUGCGCUGAACUCCGAUACGAAUCAAGCGAAUGAACAAGUGCCGUACGAAGUCAUUGCGGCCAUUGGAGCAGUCGCGAUCGUGAUCAUCAUAUCAAUUUUCAUAAUCCUCUUAAAAGUGCGCAAGAGGAAUCAGACUGAGGGCAAUCCACAGAACAAUAACUAUGAGAACCUACCGACACCUAGCGACGGUUCCAUUCCACCGUACCCAUCUCAAUGGGAAUCCAACAAUUACGCUGUUCCUGUAGACCAGAGACACGACGAACCGUCCUACAGCGUGCCCAUCCAACCACUAUACGCUGAACCCGUCCCGAAAAACGCAAGGAAACCCAAACAAAACCAAGUCAGUCCCACUUAUGCUAUCCUAAACCAUCCAAAUAAACCCAAAAGGAAUGUUAUCAAAGACACUAAUGAUCCCAACUACAGUGAAGUUUACAGUAGAAAUAAUGAGGCUUAUGCUAAUGUUAUAAAAGAGAAUUCCCCGUAUGUGAAUGCUGAUGAGCCAAUGUACUGCGAAGCUAGCGUGGCCAGGAGUCAGAACCAUUAUACUAAUGUCCAUAGUUCGCCCUAUGCUAAUAGUUCUGCUCAAGAAUAUGUUGAACCAACUUAUUGUGAGCCUCAAAGACGCUGAUGAUAUAUUUAGUAAAAAUAGUAGAUUAUUAUAUAGAACAAUCAAACCCGAUGAACUCCAUUUCGCCACCAAUUUUCCCUGUUUUCCUGCUUUUUUCUUGAAUUUUUACGUAAUUUCCUUUGCUAUAAACCUCACGGGGCCGGAGAUCUUUCCAACGAAUGCGAAACCAUUGAAUUCGGUUUGUGCGUUCUGUAGUUUUAGCGUCAGGAAGGAAAAUUCGACUUAUUUUUAUAUUAUAGAUAGAAUCUGGCGGAAAUCCAUGCUACACUAACAAUGCAAUAGAUUUUUAGUUUUAAUUCCGCUUAUUACAUACAUCUGUAUGUAAAAUGCGGUGUGCGAAAAUCUCAUAUUUUUUGGAUAGUACAAUUUUCUAGACUUAACUAGCUAAAUAAACGUUACGUUACUUAUAACACUAUUGUACGAUUUAAAUUGCUUGAAAUUAGUCGAGUAAUCGUAGUAUUACGGCUGAGGUCAAGUAAGUGUGGUGUCUGAGUUAUUAUACCUAGAAUGUUGCUAAGGAAGUGUUCCCAAUCUAAGAAAAUACCCGGGGCUGCGGACUACCUAGCGAGGCUCCGGCUUGAAAAGUAGGAGUAGGAGCGGUGUGGUUUUUAGUCAGUUAGAGUCUGGUACUGCCUCUCGCCUCACGCAAGGUGAGAGAAGCUAUUGGAUGAUAUUCCCUCCUCCCUAAAAGAAAAAGGUAGGUAUAUCAGCAAGUAUUGUUUUACAUUUUCAAAGCCCCAUCCAUAACAUCCAUUUACAGCGUAUCACAUUUUGCUAUGAAGGCCACCCCUCAACUCCAUUUGUUUCGCACUGUCUUUUAUCUCACACAUUUUAGUCUUUUAAUUAUUUUCCUAUUUUUUUAUGUAUCUUAUAUUACUAUAUAAUUUUAAUUUUAAGUUGUAAAUAUUUUAGUCAUAGUUUUAAUUAUUAUUUACUCUAUAUAUAGUAUAUUAUAUUUAGGAAAAUAUAAUCAAUAUCUGCUUAAUUCUAGUAUUUUUGAUUAUUUGGAAAAAUGUUAUAGGUUUAAAAAUGUAUAAAAGGAUUUAAAAGCCUUUAAAAAUGUGAAAAAAAUGUAUUCUAUUUAAGUUUUUAGUUUUAUCAAUAUAAUAAUAUUAUAAUCGAUGUACUUACAGUAUUUUAGGUAUAUUUUAUACACUUAUUAUAAAUUGUGGUGUAAUGCCUUGCUUCUCGACUCUUGAGAGUCGGUAUACGAGGUAUUGCAGUCCUCCCGCCCUGAGACCCUCAAGGAAGAGGAGGAUCGCGUUCCCUGACGUAGAUAGUGUUCCCUUAAACUUUACUGAGGAUGGUAGUUGUGUAUUAUUAUGGUUAAUUGUUAAACAAGUAUUGUUCUAUCGUUAGAAUUUGAGACGGGAUAUUUACCUACCAUGUUUAUUUAUGUCUAUGAGUUUUCUAUAUUCGGCACUGUUGCAAGCGCCAUGAUAAAAGUCAAUUAAUCAUUUAUUCCAAUUAAAUCAUAUACUUAGGUACUUUCGAAACGUUGAAAAAGAAGGAAACAAUAGUCUGUCAGUCUGUCCGUCAGUGAAGCUAGGUGCUCGUUCCAAAGUGUAGCUUCGAAUGGAGAAGACCGAGCAAGAAACUCCAUUCGAUCACGAAUGAACUGGAACUCGAACAUAAAUAAUCAUGGUAAAUAUCCCGUCUCAAGUUCUAAUGAUAGUGUUAGUGACCAUGUCAGUUUAGAAACUUAUAAUAAGUAUUGUAAAUAAUUAUAUUGAAUAGUAUUAAAGGAUAAAUAUUUUAAAAACAAAUUUAUUCUAUUUUAGUAAUGUAAUUAAGGAAAUAUGAGUAUUAGAAACUUAAUAAACACAUUAUGAUAAGUACCUAUCCACUUAAUUUUUGUAAAUAAUACAAUUUGUAGCCAAUUAUUAUUAUUUAAUAAAUAAUUUGUUUUCUAUGGAAAUGUGAUUGUU